ACUUUACAUGCCCAACUCGCUCCGCGCCCUCUGCUUAGAAUAAAUUCAUUUUGUCUGACACAGAAUUCUACCACCAGUUCACGCCGCGUAUUCUUGUCAGACUUGAUAUCACGUGCAGAUAUUCCUCUCAUUACGGUGAACCAGUAACGUCUCCAAUAUCAUACGGUCACUCAUAAGGCUCAUAGUGUCACGCAGCCUUGGCGUUCAAGCUUCCGAACGCAUCGGCAUCAUGCAAUUGCAGACGUAACUUGUGCAGCCAACCUUGUCAGCGUCCACGUCUGUCUGUGCUACGGUGAACAGAGUGAUCUGUUACGGCGGAAGCAAAUCAACUCUAGGGUCCCUACGAGUCCAUCAAUCGAGAACGUUAACAUCAACCGAAGAUGGCACCGUCAACCAAUCCCACCGGCUUCAACAUGAAGACGUUCACAGAUGCUGCUACGAGCCCGCAAUGGCGUGCAAAGGAUCCCUGGGCAAAGAAUGAAGCGUGGCGUUACACUGGGCCAUUCACACGUUGGAAUCGAUUCAAGGGAGCGUUCCCUGGAUUCGGCAUUGCCGUCGUCGCAUUCACCGGCUACGUUAUCUUCGAGCAGCUGUUCAUGAAGGAAUCACAUGGACAUGCUGAGGCGCAUGGUGAAAAGCACUGAGCGAGAAAUCCGAGCAUACAUCUUACUACGCGACCACGACCAAGUGCUGGAGUGGGCCUACCGAGUCACGAGAAUGGAAGAUGUUGCUAAGCUCAAACAAUGAACAUUGUACAUAUAAGAGGUCUAUUUUGUAAAUACGGGACAAGCCAACUGCAGGAAAGAUGUUGCUGAGAGGAUGGAAGCUUUGAUUGCCAUCCGAGGGUCACAAACCAAACCAAUUUCAGAUGGAGGUUGAUGUCAGGAUAGCAUACAGCCUCAUGAGUCAACCAAGCCUGCAUCUCAAAGUCUCAUUUUCGAGACUGCCUGCAGUGCAUAUGAUGUUGACAUGUCAGGCAGAGAAAAGCCCGCACACUUCAGCCAGCGUACUGGGAAGAGAACCGGUGGACCGAAAUCAUCUGGUCAUCAGAAACAAUAAAAACACAUAAAAAACUACUUAUUCAAGGAAUAAUAUAAAUACAUAAAAACUA